CAGGCCAUACAGUUUUGAGUUAGGUUCUGAAUGAAGUAGACGCGCAAAAAGUUUCCUCUCGAGAGCGCGUAACUAUUUUCAUUAAUUCAAAUCGAUCAAUCAAAACUAAAAAACUAGUUUGUGUAGAUUACACGUUCUGUAUUUGUGAAAGGGUAAACGCGCAGUUGAAAAGGAAAAUGUUUGAGAUUAAGAAUAUAUAUUUAUUGAUAUGCGCUGUUGCCUUAAUGGUCAGCGUUGGAAUAGCAAAGCCCGCAGCAGAGUCUAAACCAGAGAUUGAUGACGCUAUAAUUGAUAACAUUAUAACGAAUCCCAAUGUAGAAUAUUUGAAAGCCUACGCGACCCAAAUGCUAAGUUAUAUGAAUCGCAGCGUGGCGCCCUGCGAUGAUUUUUAUGAGUACGCAUGUGGCAACUGGAAGAAUGUUAAGCAGGAGCGACAAUCGCAGCAUAAGCGUAGCAAUCUACUGGACAUUGUUUACACGCUGGCCGAUGUGGCCGAAGAGCUGCUGUUGGCGAACACAACGCUGGCCGAGGAUAUGGGUUAUGGAGCUGAGCUGAGGAUUACACAACAAGUCUAUAACGCAUGCCUUAACGCUGAGCUCUAUCCGUUGCCAGCGGCCGACCCCGCUUAUCUGGCGCUUAUCAAGUCAAUUGGUGGCUUCCCCGCUGUCGAGGGUGAAGCGUGGCUGGCCUCGAAUUUCAGCUGGUUCAACAUGAGCUCCCACUUAACGAACUAUGGAGCCCAAGGACUCAUCUAUGAAAAGAACCUGCAACAGUAUCCGUUCAUGCCUUACUUCAAGCUGCCCGAGUUGGGCUUCGACUAUAUUGUGCACACCGACAACAUCAUCACAAAUGACACCACGGGCUACAAAUUGAAUGAGAAACGUAUGCGAGAAUAUUUACAGGCUUACGGUCUGCCAGAGGAGAAGAUAGUCGAUGUGAUCUCUGGUAUCUUCGCCUUCUGGCGUGAAGUCCUCAAGAUUGCAGAUCGUUUCGACGAUGAUUCGGACAAAUGUGAUCUGCUGUCGGACGAGUAUACCACAGAGCCAUUUCCCCAAUGGAAACAAUACUAUGAAAUUGCCUGGAAUAAUCUAGAUUUCAAUCCGUAUCCACUUGAGCGCUUCUGUGACUUUUUCUAUUACGAGCUGGACAAGGUGUGCGCCAAGCACAAGGAGGCUGCAGCUAACUACAUGGCCAUGAAGCUGCUUUACACCAUGGAUGCCAAGUUGAAGGCUGCCAAAUACCAGCGCGAUCAUUGCAUACUCACCAUUCAGUACUCGCUACCCUAUCUGCUGGAUAAGCUUUACUUUGCGAAAUAUUUCACGGAGGAGGCAAGUGUCGAGAUUGCAAACAUCAUUGCGGAGCUGCGCAAGAGUCAACUGACGUUGCUGGAUAAUGCCAAUUGGUUGGACGCGGAGACGCGCAAGGAGGCGCUGCUCAAGGAGUCAACAAUUGUGACUCGCAUCGGCGCCUUCCAGGAUAAAAAUCUUUCGGAAAGCCUUAUACGCGCAAUGAAUAAUCUGACUGUUAAGCCAGACAACUUUCCCGCAAGCAAUAUUGAUUUGAAACGCUUUAGCACCUAUUUGAAGCGCUACAUCGGAAUACACCAUAAAGAGCUGACGAAUGAUACGAAGCCGCUGGAACUGCUGGUGGGCAUGCAGGUGAAUGCGUUCUAUUACAAUUUGGACAAUUCCAUUAAUGUUAUGGCCGGCAUACUCCAUCCGCCUAGUUACGAUCAAGCGUGGCCCAAUUCACUCAAGUUUGGAACCAUUGGCUACCUGGUAGGCCAUGAACUGACCCAUGGUUUCGACAGUACUGGAGCCACCUUCGAUAGCAAUGGCACGUCACGCUAUUGGUGGUCCAAGAAAUCUGGCGAGGUGUUCAACGAGCGUUCCAUGUGCUUUGUCGAUCAUUUCAAUAAUUAUCUUAUACCCGAAAUCAAUCGCAAUAUUAACGGCAAUCAGACCAAGGAUGAGAGUAUCGCAGACAGUGGAGGGUUGCGUGAAUCUAUGAGCGCAUAUCGCAAUCACAUGAAACAACAGCAACUGAAUAGCGAGAACAAUGCCUCGUAUGUGCAUAGGAGUGAGCAGAUGCCUGGCCUGGAUCUCUCGCCGGAGCAAUUGUUUUUCGUCGGCUUUGCGCAGCUUUGGUGUGCCGACUACGAGGAGAAGCACUAUUGGGAGGAGCUGACUAACGAACAUCCCAUGGACAAGUAUAGAGUGAUUGGUGCCGUCACCAACAACGAGGACUUUGCGCAAGCCUACAAUUGCGAGCGUGGCAGCCCAAUGAAUCCGAUAACCGAGAAAUGUCGCGUUUGGUAACGACGUAAUUGGAAGCUGAUAAGAAGAUUCACUGAAUAACUAAUUAAGACAUGUGUUUACACAUAUGUAAAUAUUAGGGCAUGCCGAAAUAAAAUAG